AUGCUUAGGACAAAUGAGCUCUUAAACAACAUACGUGAAUUUAAAUACUCCUCAUUGUUGCCAUUGUCGUUAUCAUGGCCUUCAAAAAGACGAUCAGCUGUAUUAGUAUUACUCUUUAUCGGACAUAGGGGAGAACUUCGAGUCCUGCUGACAAAACGAUCAAGAGCGCUGCGAGCGUUUUCUGGUCAUGUAUCGUUACCUGGUGGUAAAGCGGAUAAUGAUUUGGAAACUUUCGAGCAAGUUGCAAGACGUGAAGCUGAAGAAGAGAUCGGUUUACCGCAGGGAUCUAAAGAAUUACAUGAAAAGUUUGGAAUGCAAAUUGAGAAUAUUUGUAAUGAGAUUCCCUGCUAUUUGUCAAGAACUUUCCUUAGUGUGAAACCUGUGGUUUAUUUCCUACAUAAUGAAACUAAUCCCAUGGAAUCGCUGAAUGCAUCAAAAUUUUUUGGUAAGCUGAAUCCAGGAGAAACGUCAUCAAUUUUUUCUGUACCACUGAGUGAUAUGGUCUAUCAUUUGUUUCAGAAUAGGUCGGGGUCUGAUUACAAGCCGGAAUAUACAAAUCAUAGUGAGAUUUCUGUCAAGUGGGGCGGACUCAAGUGGCCAAUACGACAUUAUUUGUAUCCAAGGGAAAACAUCAACGACGUUGCUUGGCUAAACGAGAUUGCGGACGGGAGCUCAGGUAGUGAUUCAUCAGAAGUGACGGCUUCUCGUGAUCUAUGGGGAUUAACUGCAAAGAUACUAUAUGAUUUAUCAUUGAUUGCCAAUAAACUAAUUCAAUCAGACAAUUCAACGCAAUUGAUCGGUCACGAAGAUCUGAUAUACGGGUUGAAAGAAUUUGGUGGUCAGUUAAAAACAUCAAGAAGUGAUUGGGAAAUCAAUAUGAUUGGCGGCGCGAGAGGCUAUCGAUAUGAUAACGUAAUACCAAAAUAUUACAUGGAUAAAUUACAAAAAAUUUCCACAAAAUACUAA